UUUAGAACCUAUCUGGUAGGUUGAUCAGCCUGACAGAGACACAAGUGUCAACAUGGCAAACCAAGAAGUCGACGAGCUCUUCGAGGUUAAGACCUCAUUUUACAUUGGAAACUAUCAGCAUUGUAUUAAUGAGGCCCAGAAAUUGCAGCCAAGUACACCAGAACUACGUCAAGAUCGAGACGUAUUUCUUUACCGUGCAUUGAUAGGUCAGCGCAAGUAUGGUGUAGUCCAGAGUGAAAUUAAACCAUCUGCACCAGCUCCUCUUCAGGCACUCAAGCUUUUAGCACGUUAUCUGCAGUCCCCAGAUAACAGGGCAACAAUUGUAAAUGAACUUGAAUCACAACUGAGUGGAAAUGUUGAUCUGACCAACACAGCCUUACUUGUGGUAGCAGCAACUGUCUACUGCCAUGAAGAGAACUAUGAAGCAGCACUCAGAGUUCUUAAUCAGUCAGAUGCACUUGAAUGUCGAGCCCUGAUGGUUCAAACAUUCUUGAAAAUGGAACGUCUGGAUGCUGCUCGUAAAGAACUGAAAACAUUACAAGAGAAGGAUGAUGAUGCUACGCUGACCCAAAUGGCCCAAGCCUGGACCCACAUAGCCACAGGUGGAGAGAAGCUCCAGGAUGCCUACUACAUCUUCCAGGAGAUGAUGGACAAGAACAGUAGUACAGCUGUUCUUCUCAAUGGCCAGGCAGUGUGUUUCCUUGGACAGGGUAAAUAUGAAGAAGCGGAGGGAGCUUUGCAGGAAGCCUUGGAUAAAGAUCCUAAUAAUCCAGAUACCCUAAUUAAUCUGAUGGUUCUUGCUCAUCACACUGCUAAGCCUGAAGAGGUUGCUAGCCGAUAUUUAGCACAGCUGAGAGACGAGCACAAGUGUCACAAGUUUGUACAAGAUAUAGUGGCCAAAGAGGAGGAGUUUAAUCGUCUAGUUAAACAAUAUGCUGCUUAAUAUUAUAAUUCAUUUGAAAUUUGUAUUUUUGGGGGGUUAUUUUUAUUUGGCUAAACAUAUUAGGAUUUCUGUGACUUGAAAAAAAUCACAUGAUUAUCAAAUUUAAAGUUCUGGUUCAACAUUCCACAAUUAGGGAUAUUUAUUUGGAGGGAGGGAAUUAUUGGAAGAAAGUACCAAGCCAUUAAAACUACUAUAUAGCACUUGGAAGGGGUCAGGAUAAGGAUUUGGGAUAGGACGGGAUAUUCAUUUGGAGUGAAAGUAAAAUGUUUAUGUAUUAAAUCACACUAAACAAAUAAAAUCUGCAUAUUUAUCAA